AUGUCUUUCUUUGAUAGACACCUCGAUCUUCCCUCUUCCUCGACCUCGACCUCGUGCUCCACGUCCACUGCUCUUCCUCAUGAGUGUUCCCUUUUACACCAGCUAUGCGCGUUUGAGCAGAUCUUUCAUGAAUUCUUUGCUGUUCUAUACCGGCUAGUCAAACCCCCAAUGAGGUCGACCUUCAAACUAUACUAUGAUCGAAAAGAACUAUAUCUUAAUCCAUUUACUGAUAUUUGGGCGAAAAGGAACGAUGAUAUCGGCGUUUUGAAAAACAUGAUCAAGGAAAUUACCAAUUCGCAGCGAACACUGAAAGACAAUCUGAUACCUGAACUAUGGUUGCAAAUGAUUGAGAGUAACUUCUUAUCAGCACUUUCUAAUACCGAAGUCGAACUCCGUUCAGUGCCCGAAUUCAAUAAUCAAGUAGGAUUAUUCGCAAAACCCACUCCUCUAUUUCCUCCGACAGCCAGAACCAUCGAGCACCACAAAACUCCUCGUCGACGUCUAACGGGAAUGAGUCGAAUUACUUCCCGAAAAUUACAGACAGUAAGUGUAAAAGGGAUUGAAUUUGUUUUAUUCUCCCUUCCUCAAAAUAUGGAAGAUCCAGAGGAAUCAGGAUUUAAUCCCGCAUUGAUGUUCGAUGAGGAGUGUGGAGACGAGGAGUACACAUGUAUGGGUCUAGGUGCAGCUAGAGUGAUUAAUCAUAGCUGCAACGAGAAUGUCACAUGGGAUUUCACCCAUGAAUCCCUCUACUUCGACGAGGGUUAUGAUAUCGGAUAUGAAGCUGGAAGACUGAGAAGAACCAAAAAGAUCAUUAACCCAGGCGAUCAGAUUUUAGCUUUUUACUCUUUUGACUUUGCUCGUAGGGAAUGUGAAUGCCCGAGCCGUGUCUGGCAUGACCGACCAAUCCGUCAGGAUCGACCUGUAACUCGAGGAUCAGCGCGAUUACCCGCUCACAUCUCUUCUAUCACCGAUGUCUUGCAGCUCGAGUUCUCAAGCGAGGACUCCAGUCCAGAUCCUCACUUAGCGAAUAUAAAUUCUGACACAGCCAGAAGAUCUUCAAUGAAAACAGUAAACACAGCAAAAAGAAGAUUUGAUCCUGACGAGGAUCACUACGAUGAGCGCAUCAAUAUGAGCCCACCACGAAGAUUGCUAAAGAGGCUAAGAGUGAUUCUUUCCCCGACGAACGAGCUUCCGGGAGACGACCCAGACUCUCACACUGUACCAGAAGUCGGUUUGGAGGGUGGAAGUGAUGAAGUGAAGGUGACAGAAGAUCGGAAAGUCCAUGAAUAUAAUUCGCAUAGAAUGCAAGAUUCUAUUGUAAUAGAAGUCGAUGAGUCAAAUGAGAGCGAGGAUGAUGUUCAAUUUAUCAGCCAAGUCAAGCAGUCUAACGCCGAGAUCGGAAUGGCACUUGACGAGCAACAAAGACAGAUGAUGAAUGCCGAUAUCACCCAACAGCUUCACGCUCAAGCCCCAAAGAUCUCAUCGAUCUUCGACUCAAACUCUCUACUUCACAUAGAAAAGCUUCGUAUUAAUGAAGAAGAGGUCGAACUUUGUAAGAAGAUCAUGAAAGACGUAAAGAAAGAGAUGAAACGAAUCGAAAGAACCAUCAAGAAUAUCGAGGGCCAAAGAAGAAUCUCAAGCGGAAAUGAAAUCAAGUGGAAAGAGGCUCACUCUAACGUUUGGUUCUCCCGACCCCGAAACUACGGUAAGGGCUCUCGACAAUGUCGAGUCUGUGCUCAUCAAGCUGGUCUCAUCCGAAAAUGGGGUCUUGACAUGUGCCGACAAUGUUUCCGAGAGAAGUCCAAGCAAAUCGGCUUCACCAAGGUCAGUUGA